CCCAGGCCUGCUGGGCUGUAUCCACCCUCCAGCCCUGUCCAGGCUCUGUCCUUUACAGCUGAGAGUCUCUCUGUCCAGGCACCAUGAGUAUCAGCAGAUCAGUCUACUCCAGCACCCGCCGGCCCGUGAGCAGCAGCCAAGGCUUCCCUAUGACCAGGAAGACCACCGCAGCUAGUGUCUAUGCCGGGGCAGGGGGCUCAGGCUCCAGGAUCUCCGUGCCUUGGGGCAGCGGUGGGGGCUAUGGAGCCAGCAGCAUCUACCUGGGAGCCUCGGGGGGCAGCGGUGGGGGCUAUGGAGCCAGCGGCAUCUACCUGGGGGGCUCGGCGGUCAUCCACAACGAGAAGGAGACCAUGCAGGACCUGAACGACCGCCUGGCUUCCUACCUGGAGAAGGUGCGGAGCCUGGAGACCGCGAACCACAACCUGGAGGUCCAGAUCCGGGAGUUCCUGGAAAAAAAGGGGCCUAGCACCCAGGACUGGAGCCACUACUGGGACAUCAUCGAGGACCUGAGGAACAAGAUCUACGAGGAGAGUGUGGACAACGCUCGCAUUGUCCUGCAGAUCGACAACGCCCGCCUGGCCGCUGACGACUUCAGGGUCAAGUAUGAGGGAGAGCUGGCCAUCCGGCAGUCGGUGGAGGCCGACAUUGCGGGGCUGCGCAAGGUCAUCGACGACACCAACAUGAGCCGGCUGCAGCUGGAGUCCGAGAUCGAGAACCUCAAGGAGGAGCUGAUCUACAUGAAGAAGAACCACGAGGAGGAGGCGAAGAGCCUGCAGGCUCAGGUCUCCGGCUCGGGGCUGACAGUGGAGGUGGACGCCCCCAAGACCCACGACCUGGGGAAGAUCAUGGCAGACAUCCGUGCCCAGUACGAAGCCCUGGCACAGAAGAACCGCGAGGACCUAGACAAGUACUGGAACCAGCAGAUCACCGAGAGCACCAUCGAGAUCACCCAGAGCACCAAGGACAUGGACACAGCCCACGGCACCCUCACAGAGCUGCGCCGCACCUACCAGACACUGGAGAUCGAGCUCGAGUCCCUGCGCAACCUGAAGGCCAGCCUGGAAGCCAACCUAAUGGAGGUGGAGAACCGCUACGGGAUGCAACUGGAGCAUCUCAACAGGCUCCUCCUGCGGACCGAGGAGGAGCUGAUGCAGGUGCGGACCGAGGUGCAGCGCCAGGCUGAGGAGUACCAGGCUUUGCUCAACAUCAAGGUCAAGCUGGAGGCUGAGAUCGCUACCUACCGCCAACUGCUGGAGGGCGGCGAGGAAUUCAGCCUGAAAGACGCGCUUGCGGAGGACAGCAGCCACAAGAUAUACAUCCAUGCCUCCAAGCAGAUAGUGGAUGGGAAGGUGGUGUCCGAGACCACCGAAACCAAGGCCCUGAAGUGAGGGCCCCACCAAGCCACCACACCACACUGUGCUCGCUCCCCUCCCACACGCUCCCCCACCUUGUUCCCCCAGAGCCCUCCAGGGACCCGCCGCCUGCUCGCACGGCUGACACUGCAAUAAAAAGCCGCCGAGCACCUGG